AUGAAGAUUGACGAUCGAAAGCAGUUGAUUUUGUCGGCUAACCAGCCGACGAACCUUCCCCAAACGCUUAUUCGAGAAAGAUCCAAGAGGAGCAUGGGUGGGCGUAGCAGCAGCGUGGUGAUUGUCAGCAUUACCGAAUCCGACACGAAAACGGCCGAUUUGAAGGAAAAAGACAAUAAGAGUGGUCUGGAAGAAAAAUCUCUUCACGUCAGUAACUAUCAACCAAGACAGAAAGUGACGGAGGAAAUGGCAGUGGCAGCAGCAUUCCACGCCACAGCAAAGCAACAACAAGUCGUUGCCUUUACGAGCAACACCAUGGAUUGCAGCUCGCGACGUGACGAUAAUGGACGCACUUCCAUGAAAGACCCCAGUGACAUGGGCAGCAGUCUCCGCCGAUCUGUUUCCUUUGCCAGGGAUACCAAGUUGGAUGGUAGCGAAAGGCAACAACAACCACAAGGACUCGACGAUGAGGGUUCGUCGCACGACUGCUUGGGCUCAUCACACAACAGCAUGGGCAACGGCAGUGGACGUGUGGCCAUGAUGAAAGCCAAACUGCGAGAGUCUUUUAGCCGCUCCAGCAGUGCCUUUAAUCUCAUGGAUGAAUCCUGGGGAGGAGCCUUGGAAGAACUCGACAUGAGUUCGUCCUCGGAAGAAUCGGACGAUGAUGAUGACGAUGAUCCUUUAAUAACGCAGCCAAAAGGAAGGCGACGACAAUAUGAUGACGGCUUGGACAAGUCGGCCGUCAGCCUGGGAGGAUCUUCGCGACGACGAAACACGGGCCGCGGGAGCAUUUUUGUCAUUGCCGAUGAAAAGUUUGGUAUGACCAAGGUGGUGCAAUCUCGAUUGGAAAAGGCUGCCAAAAAGAUUCAACGUUUCUUGCGACGAUCUCUGUUGAAAGACAAUAAACAGCUGAAGCGCGAAAACAAACAGUUGGCCAUUCGGGAUCCACAACAAGAGGCUGAAACGGCACGCUUGGAAAAGGAAGUGGCAAGAUUGGAAAAGGAUGCCGGGGACUGGACGCGCAUCAGUGGACAUUACACCGAGGGCAUCCAACAGGCCGAAGUAAAGAUUACCGACUUGACCGAAAAGCGCAAGAUCAAGCGCGAUGAACGAAAAAAGACAGAAAAGGUCAUUGCCAAAAUCCUGAAAAUGCUCGAAGAUCACCCGACGUUGGCCAAGGAGAACCCCAAGUUGAUCGAAAAGGUUCGCAAGCUUCAACAGCGCAGAAGAGAAAAAGAUGAAGAAACUCAAAGCAAAGACAGUUCUGGAAGAGCAAGAGCGAAUCAAAGAAAAGAAAGAACAGACAGAACUCAAAUCAGCCGAAGACGAACGAGUCAAGAAGCAACGCAAGGAACGACGCAAAUCGAGAAAGCAAAACGACGAUCUGCCGGACCUUGA